UCAUCAUUCACUCUCACUCACACAAAUAAGCAUCAUUCUUCUUCUUCUUCUUCAACAUUCAUCAACAACAUGGCAAUGGCAACUCAAGCCUCUCUCUUCACUCCACCUCUUUCAAGCCCUAAACCAUGGAAACAACCAUCAACUUUAUCCUUCAUCUCUCUCAAACCCAUCAAGUUCACAACAAAAACAACAAAAAUCUCAGCUGCAGAUGAGAAAACAGAAGCAGCAUCAGUUACAACAAAAGAAGAAGCUCCUGCUGCACCAGUUGGUUUUACUCCACCUGAACUAGACCCAAACACACCUUCACCAAUCUUUGGAGGAAGCACUGGUGGAUUGUUACGUAAGGCACAAGUUGAAGAAUUCUAUGUGAUCACAUGGGAGUCACCUAAGGAACAAAUCUUUGAGAUGCCAACUGGUGGUGCAGCCAUAAUGAGAGAAGGUCCUAACCUUCUUAAGUUAGCAAGGAAAGAACAGUGUUUGGCUUUAGGAAAUAGAUUAAGGUCUAAGUACAAGAUUAAGUAUCAGUUUUACAGGGUUUUUCCUAAUGGUGAGGUUCAAUAUUUGCAUCCUAAGGAUGGUGUGUACCCUGAGAAGGUUAACCCUGGUCGUCAAGGGGUUGGUCAGAAUUUCAGGUCUAUUGGGAAGAAUGUUAGCCCAAUUGAGGUUAAAUUUACUGGUAAGCAACCUUUUGAUGUGUAAGGAUUGAUAAUGCUUGCUUAAUUGGGUAUGUAAUGCAUGUACUUAUAUUAUCACAUUUAUUUAUGUGACAAAUGCUAAACAAUUUACAUGUAUUUACUUUUAUGACUGUUUUGUUUUGUUGAACAUAUUUUGGAAUGAAUAUUAAUCUGCUUUAGCUUUUA